AUGUCACAACCUGGCAUUUUCACCAAAUCAAAUUUGGUUUACAUACCACUAUCAGUAACGAUCGCUCACAUAUCACAAUUCAUUUUUAAUUCACCAUUAUCUGUAUGGAAAGAAUUUCCUCCAAAUGUACCUACCUCUGUAUAUUCUUCGAUAUUUUUUACUCCAUUUUUAUUGUUUUUAUCUCUUUCAUUUGAACCAAUUCAAACAAGGAUACGAUUUUAUACUUUAUUAUCGCUAGCUCUUAUAUUUGUUUCUAUUCCAAUAAGCUUUCGCGGAAAAUAUCCAACUUUGCUUCAUAACUUUUUUGUAUCUUAUGGAUCAAUGUAUGGACUAAAAAUGUUAUUAUUUUUAAAAUUUAAUCGGGUAUACUUGAAUCAAGAAGAUCAUAACAAAAAGAAAGAAUUUAAGUCGUUCCUCUGGACAUUAUUUAAUUCACGUUUUAACUCUUAUAUUAUUCCUCCAAAAAAGGAUGGAUCUAAUGAAAAAGAAAAUUCCUUGAUUAUUACAUCACCCACAACUUCACAAAUCUACAAGAAAAUAAUUAAUCGCAUCAUAAUUAGCUUUGCAAAAUUACUUCUUCUUGAACUUGUAAUGUUCAAUGCAAUUACAUAUACAAGUAGUAUUCCAGAGAAACCAUACCAACUUCGUUUAAUUGAAUUUUUUACAAAAGGAAUCCCUGCGAUUACAAUGCCUUUAAUGUUACAAAACUUACAUUUAUUCUUAUGUUUAUACUUAAUGAUGUCAGUAUAUAGUUACGAUAUAUUAAUUAUUAUAAGCACAAUCUUUUACCGUUUAUUCCUUCAUUCCUCAUCGAAAGCAAACAAUUAUAAACCUAUUCUCAUUAAAUGCGGACUUCUCACUCCUUCCGAAUUUGUCUCCCUAAAAGAAUGGAUGAUCACAACCAUUUUCAAUACAAAACAUUUGUUUAGUGAACCAUGGAUGGCAUCAAGCCCUCGUGACUUUUGGUCUGCUCGUUGGCAAGUAAUGAUUAAUGAAAGUUUCAAAGAACUUGGUUAUUUACCUAUUAAGAAUACAUUCGCUCCAAUUGUCCCUAAAAAAAUCGCAAAUACUAUGGGCGUGUUUGGUGCAUUCGGUGUUAGUGCUUUAUUGCAUGAGCACCUUAUCAUUGGAAAUUUUGAUAUUUGGACAGGUGAACACCUCUUUUUCUUUAUGAUGCACGGUGUAAUAUUCGUUUUGUGGGAGGCUAUUUUUGGUCGUGAAAAUAAAAAUGAGAAUUUGAAAGUCAAAAGGUUCUUAAAGUGUCUCUUAUUGCUGGUCAUUAAUUUAUCUGUUUUGCCAGCAUUCAUUGAACCUCUAAGAAGAAGACCUGAUUUAUUUCAAAUUCCUUUAUAUUUAGCUAAAUAUUAUCAAUUAAAUUAA